CAGAUUACAGAAUUGUGGUGAACCAACGACUGGGACCCCCACGGCGAUCUCCCGUACUACAUCCCAGCUGUCCUCUUAAAUGGAGCAUUUUCACCACAGCGCAAAAUCACAGGCCACAUAUCAACUGCAAAAAAGACAAUGGCUCCUUUCCCAGAAUUUCAGAACCAUAUCCCAGAGGGUGUGGAAGAUCUUCCAAAGUACUCCACUUCUACCCCUAAUGGCAAUGAAGAUGCUCCCCCUGAAUAUGGUGCAGAGUCAGUACCUCCAUCUUACUCUACCCUGUCGCUAUGCAAAGACAAAGAUGAAGAAAAGGAAAUUGACCCAUGGGAGAUGCCAGAACUGAAGAGCACUGGGCCAAAGUGGUCAGAAAUGAACACAAAACAACGUAUCCUCUCGGUUCUGAAGUCAAUUGCAAGAUUUGUCCUCUUGUUGGCGUUGUUAUAUUUCUUUGUUUGCUCCCUGGAUGUGUUAAGCUCUGCCUUCCAACUGGUAGGAGGAAAGGCAGCAGGAGAUAUUUUCAAGAACCACUCUGUACUGACCAAUCCUGUUGCUGGACUGGUUAUUGGAGUUCUGGUGACUGUCCUUGUCCAGAGCUCAAGUACAUCAUCAUCUAUUGUGGUCAGCAUGGUGUCAUCUGGACUUCUUACGGUUAGGACAGCCAUACCUAUCAUUAUGGGAGCCAACAUCGGCACAUCAGUCACUAACACAAUUGUGGCUCUGAUGCAGUCUGGUGACCGGAAUGAAUUCAGAAGGGCAUUCGCAGGAGCUACAGUCCAUGACUUUUUCAACUGGCUGUCAGUGCUGAUUCUGUUGCCGAUUGAAAUAGCGUCAGGGUAUUUGUACCACCUCACCAACGUUAUUGUCAAGUCUUUCAAUAUACAGUCUGGAGAGGAUGCCCCAGAUAUGCUUAAAGUUAUCACAGAGCCCCUCACUAAAGGAAUUAUUCAGCUUGACAAGAAUGUCAUUCAGGGCAUAGCCAAUGGAGAUCCAGCUGCUAGCAAUAAGAGUCUGAUCAAGAGAGAAUGUGGAUACAAGGAAUGGAUAAAUGCUAGCGUUCCCGGUAUAGAGAACUGUACCGACAACAGACUCUGCUGGACAGAUGAGAAUAAUGUGACAUGGACAGAGGUUUACGAGACUGUGAAAGUGACCUGCUCUCAUAUAUUUGCAUCCUCUAAUCUCCCGGAUCUAGCAGUGGGACUCAUUUUGUUGGCGCUCUCAUUGUUGGUGCUUUGUUUGUGUCUGAUUUUGAUUGUCAAGCUCCUAAACUCCAUGCUGAAAGGGCAAGUGUCUGUUGUGAUCAAGAAGGUCAUCAAUACCGACUUCCCCUUCCCAUUCUCAUGGUUGACUGGAUACUUGGCAAUGAUUGUUGGUGCAGGAAUGACAUUCAUUGUGCAGAGCAGCUCAGUCUUCACUUCUGCAAUUACUCCCCUCAUAGGUAUUGGAGUGAUUAGUAUAGAGCGUGCCUAUCCCCUGACACUUGGGUCUAAUAUUGGAACCACUACAACUGCUCUGUUAGCAGCGCUGGCCAGUCCGGGGGACACCUUACAAAACUCUGUACAGAUUGCACUUUGCCACUUUUUCUUCAACAUAUCAGGGAUAAUUAUUUGGUAUCCUAUCCCAUUCAUGAGGAUACCAAUUAGAUUAGCCAAAGGCUUGGGAGACAAGACAGCUAAAUACCGAUGGUUUGCAGUUGUCUAUCUUAUCUUGUGCUUCUUCUUGUUACCCUUGGCUGUCUUUGGCCUGUCCAUUGCCGGUUGGCAGGUACUGGUGGGAGUCGCAGUCCCAAUUGUGUUUGUAAUUAUUGUUGCAAUCAUUAUCAGUGUUUUGCAAAAGAAAUUCCCCAGAAUAUUACCAGAUUUUCUAAAAACCUGGGACUUCCUGCCCAAAUGGAUGCACUCCCUAAAGCCUUGGGAUGUCUGGAUGUCCUCCCUCACUCUGUUUUGUGGCCGAUACUGUUGCUGCUGUUGCAAAAAAUGUAAAUGCUGUAAGUGCUGCAAGGAAACGGAAGAUGAAGAAGCAUCAGUGGACAAGCCACAGGCUCUUGAGUGUCACGAAAAUGUUGUUGAUUUGACUGAUGAGCUUCCAUCUAUUACUAACAUAGAUCAAGGAAAGACUACAAAACUGACCGCCUUGUAAGGCAAGUUAAGGUCAUCUACUAUAGAGACUUCACAAAAUGGACCAAAAUUUCUGCUCUUCAGUACUGUUCAAAUGACUAUAACAUUUUUUGACUAAGUAGUAAAAAGAUUUAAAAUGACACAUCUGUAGCUGAAAUUAUGAAUUUGUCCAUGAAUUUCCAAUCAUUGGCAAUAUUGUAAGUGUAGAGUUAUGAUCUAAAGAGAGGUAUUAAGUGCUGCUAUAGACUAUUAGGUGGAUAGAAUGAAAAAAUACAGUUAAAGGGAACCUGUCAUCACUUUUAUGUUGCCUGAACCUCCAGUCAUCAGGCCGGACCCAGGUGGCUUCUCUUCGCCCCACCAGCCUUGAUUGUUGGUACCUCUUAUUUUAAGUAUAGGGUGAGGUCUAUCAAUCAGGGUUAGAAGUGCAGGCAGAUGUCACCGGGGACCGCCCUGUUGACUCGUGGUUCAGCCAACAUGAAAGUGAUAGGUUCCCUUAAAGAAAAAUAUAAAGAUUUUACAUGAAUGCAUGUAAGUAUAAAGAUGUGAACUUUUAAAUGGCAAAUAUAGUCUAAUACAGUCUGUGCUCUGUACUGUGUACAAAUUAAUACAGAUCUGUAGAUGUUAUUAAGCCAAUGUAUAUAGUUAAAGAAAAUGUAUAUUCUACUGUAAAUAAAUGUAACAUUUUUACAAUA